UUAUAUAUAAGCCCAAUAGUAGUGCAUAAAAUCCAUAUUAGGGUUUACGGCAACGCCAGAACUGAACUGAAGCAGAGAACGACCGACGGCGACGAGAAAAUGGCUAGGAUCAAGGUGCACGAACUCCGGCAGAAGACGAAGGCGGAGCUGUCGGCUCAGCUGAAGGAUCUGAAGGCGGAGCUGGCGUUGCUGCGCGUGGCGAAGGUGACCGGCGGCGCUCCGAACAAGCUGUCGAAAAUCAAGGUGGUGAGGCUGUCGAUAGCGCAAGUGCUGACCGUGACAUCGCAGAAGCAGAAGGCGGCUCUGCGGGAAGCUUACAAAAACAAAAAGUAUUUGCCGCUUGAUCUCCGCACUAAGAAGACGCGAGCCAUCCGCCGCCGCCUCACGAAGCACCAGGCAUCUUUGAAGACUGAGAGACAGAAAAAGAAGGAAAUGUACUUCCCAUUGAGAAAGUAUGCCAUCAAAGUAUGAUUUGCAAUUGUUUCAUAAGUUUUUAAUGUCAACAACAAUCUUUUCUACUAAAGCUUUUGGAUUCUAUUUUAUGAGAAGACUUCAACCUGUUCUUUGUUCA